AUGAGACUACUCAAGGCCACCGGCAUCGCGCUGCUCGCAUCGGCGGGCGUUGUGGAGGCGCAGACGUGCACCCUCCCGUCAACGUACAAAUGGACGUCGUCUAGCGCGCUGGCAACCCCCAAGUCGGGCUGGGCCUCGCUCAAGGACUUCACCACCGUCGUCUACAACGGCCAGCAUCUCGUCUAUGCCUCGUACCACGACACGGGGUCGAACUGGGGCUCCAUGAACUUCGGCCUCUUCAGCGACUGGUCUGCCAUGUCCUCAGCGAGCCAGAACGCCAUGAGCGCCGGCACCGUUGCGCCCACCCUGUUCUACUUCACGCCCAAGAGCAUCUGGGUCCUGGCCUAUCAAUGGGGGCCUACCACGUUUUCCUACAAAACAUCAAGCGAUCCCACCAACGCGAAUGGGUGGUCCGCGUCGCAGCCGCUCUUCUCAGGCACGAUAUCGGGGUCCAGCACGGGCGCCAUCGACCAGACGGUCAUCGGUGACAGCACCAACAUGUACCUGUUCUUUGCAGGGGACAACGGCAGCAUCUACCGGGCCAGCAUGCCCAUCGGAAACUUCCCCGGCAACUUUGGCACGGCAUCGACAGUGGUCAUGAGCGACUCGACCAACAGCCUGUUCGAGGCCGUCCAAGUCUACACCGUCCAGGGCCAGAGCCAGUACCUCAUGAUCGUCGAGGCUAUCGGAUCCAACGGUCGCUACUUCCGCUCCUUCACGGCCACUAGUCUGAGCGGUUCGUGGACAGCGCAGGCCGCCACCGAGAGCAAUCCGUUCGCCGGCAAGGCCAACAGUGGCGCCACCUGGACCAACGACAUCAGCCAUGGCGAUAUCAUCCGCAGCAAUUCGGACCAGACCAUGACGAUUGAUCCGUGCAACCUGCAGCUGCUCUACCAGGGACGGGCCACCAGCUCGAGUGGCAGCUACGACCUGCUGCCCUACCGGCCUGGUUUUCUCACACUAUCGCAGUAG